AUGGCGAAUAUUCCGAUGGAUAUCAUCAACGAUAUCUUCCUCCGUCUCCCGGCGACUACGUUGGUCCGAUUUCGCGUCCUCUCGAAGCCGUGCUUCUCUCUGAUCGACAGUCCUGAGUUCGUCUCGUCGCAUCUCAGUCGCACACUCGAAACCGGAGAUCAUCUCAUGAUCUUGCUGCGAGGCCCUCGCAUUCUACGUACGGUGUACCUCGACUCACCGGAUAAAGUCUCCGACGUCGAGCAUCCUUUGCAAGCCGGUGGUCUAACAGAGGUUUUCGGUUCGUGUAACGGUUUAGUCGGUUUAACCAACUCUCCUUCUGAUAUGGCUAUUUUCAAUCCAUCAAGCCGGAAAAUCCACCGGUUACCGGUCGAGCCUGUUGAUUUCCCGGAAGGUACGAUCACUCUAGAGUUUGUGUUUUAUGGAUUCGGUUACGAUUCGGUGAACGAUGAUUACAAAGUUGUGAGGAUGAUUCAGUGUAAGUGUCAAGGAGGUGAAGAGAAUUUUGGUUUCCCUUUUGAAAUCAAAGUUUUUAGCUUGAAGAGGAAUUCAUGGAAGCGAAUCUCUCUUGAUUUUGAGGUUCAGAUUCUAUUCGUCUACUUCUAUUACCAUCUCCUGUAUCGCCGUGGAAAUGGUGUUCUAGCUAGCAAUAGUCUUCACUGGGUUUUGCCUCGAAGCCAAGGAGUUAUCGCCUUUAACACGAUAAUAAGAUUUGAUUUGGCUUCUGAGGAGCUUGGAGUGCUCAGUUUCCCACAAGAACUUUACUGUGAAGAUAAUAUGGAUAUAGGUGUGUUAGAUGGCUGCCUCUGUUUGAUGUGUUACAACGAGUUUCACCAUGUUGAUGUUUGGGUUUUAAGGGAAUAUAAAGUUGAAGACUCGAGAUCGUGGACUAAGCUGUUUAGGGUGCCGAAACCGGAGAGUGUAGAAUCGUUUGAGCUUUUGAGACCCUUGCUCUAUUCCAAGGACAGGACCAAGAUUUUGCUGGAGAUAAACGAUGCAAAGAAUCUCAUGUGGUUUGAUUUGGCGAGUAAGAGGUUUACAAGGGUUAGAAUAAAAGACUGCGAUAGACCAUAUAGCGCAGAAAUCCUCGUGAGCAGCCUUGUUUUGGGAUGUAAAGGAGAUCAUCCAGCUCGGGAAGAUCAAAUGACGCGUAAGAGUAUUAAAAGGGGGUAUGCUUAUCUCUAG